CUCCGCAUCUUCCACCACCUGUGGUGGAACGUCCGGCCCACCCACCCGGUGUUCGUGCCGUAUUCCGUCACAUCACGCACCCCGAUUCUGGAAACGGACUACAACUUCCACAAGUCCAACAGCACGUAUUUCUCGGAUCUGGACAUCUCGCGGACGGCGCUCGUCACGCGACUGUACACGCCGGGGAUCCGCACCGUGAGCAAGGAGCUCGAUGCCGAGCUCGGCGAGGCUGCGCGCCGCGAGGGGAAGAAGCCGCCCGCGCACAAGAACAUGUAUGUGGCGCUGGGGUCGGUGUUUUGUUCGUUCAAGAGGGAGAUUAAGCCGUUCGAGCUCUAUGAGAUCGAGACCAAGGUUAUUGCCUGGGAUCGGAAGUGGAUGUAUGUGUUGAGUUUCUUCCUUCGGCCGGCGAAGGCCGGCGGGAAGAGGUCGCUGUUUGCUACCGCUGUGAGUAAGUAUGUUGUUAAGAAGGGCCGCCUUACGGUGCCCCCGGAGAGGGUGCUCAGGGCUAGUGGGUGGUUGCCGGAGCGUCCGGAGGGCGAUGUGUUGGUUGCUGAUAGUCCGGUGGAGGGCUCGGGCGUGGGGACGCCGGCUGGGGAGGGGAUUACGGCUACGGCUGGGGUUGACGGGGCGUUGGUGAGGGAGGUUCUGAAGGUCAGUGAGGGUGAUAUGCCUGAGACGAAGCUGGAGGAGGAGAAGAAGGCAAAUGCUGAGUCGUGGAGUGUGGGUGAGUGGACUUGGGAGAUGAUUGAAGAGGAGAGACAACGGGGGUUGGAGGUGGUGGCAGGUUAUAUCAAUAUGGAUACGAAGCUACAUGACGAAUGGGAGCGGUGA